AUUGGUCUAUCUAGUCUAUGGCUGUUGUCGGUCGAAAUUGUUGUGAGUCAGGCCGCCCGUACGUCGGCUUUAACGAUUUCACAGAGAUUUUGCUUUUUACAGUGUUCAAUUCGUUAAUGCGAAGAAUGUAAAAUGGCUAUAAACUUGAAUAAACACAAGGACGCGUUAGUCGCCGCGUGGAAAGACGUUUUAGACGAGAAAACUGAUACUGACUGGGCUCUCUUUGGCUAUGAUGGCUUAUCCAGUGACCUAAAGUUUGUAAGCAAAGGAGACGGAGGCCUAAUAGAGCUGAUCGAUGAAUUCAACAGUGGCAAAAUACAAUAUGCAUUCCUGAAGUUAGACGUCCCAGACAGCAGUAUAUCUAAAUAUGUGCUUAUCAACUGGCAGGGUGAAGGCGCCCCAACGGUCCGCAAAGGCACCUGCGCGAACCACAUCAAACACGUGGCCACCUUAUUCACGGGCUUCCACCUGACCAUGCACGCUCGUACCGAAGAUGACCUUGAGGAGAGACUCAUUCUGGAGAAGAUGGCGAAAGCCGGCUCGUCUUUCAAUUUCAAGUCUGGGAGGAAUGAGGAACUGCCCCCUAGCGGGCCUGUAGGAACGGCGUAUCAGAAAGUUAACCCAGUUCAAGAAAUCAACUCGUCAGAGCGCGAUCAGUUCUGGUUAAAAGAAGAACAAGAAGAGAAGAAGAGAGUAGAAGCAGAAAGGAAAAGGAGAGAAGAGGAAAAGAGAAAGGCAGAAGAGGAUGCCAGGAGAAAAGAAGAAUUAGCUACCCAGAGGAGAGCUAAGGUUGAAGAACAGAAAGUGGCGAGUCCCGACCCAACGAGUCCCACCGGCGCGCCGCCCGGCGAGGCGCUCCGGAGGCAGAGGUCGCAGGAGGCGAGGCUGCUCAUAGGGACCUCCACGGCCUCAGCCCGGGCAUUAUUCCAACAGAACUUGGCUCAGGGACAAUUAAAUUCUUCCAGAUCGAACAGUAUACCAGAGAAGCCCGUCCGUAGCUCCGUUAUCGCUCAACGCAUCAACACAUUCACACAACCACAGCCCACCUCCCUACCCCCCCUAUCCCCCUCCAACCGCUCCCCCCACAAAAUCACCCCCACCGAACCGCAGGAACCCAAAACCAGCCCCCUCAAAAACAUAGACAAAAUCAAAAUGAGCCUAGAAACCCCAUCGCAAAUACAAUACGAACCCAUUAUAGAUCCCACAGUCGAUUUAAGUCCAAGUACCGAAAACGACCCGACUUCCUUCAGUGCCAUAAACUAUGCAGAACUCAAAGAGAACGAAUACAGACCUAUAGCCGAUUCGCUAAAACAGAGUGAACCCAUGAUUAAACAAAACAUAUUAGAAAAUGACAUGUUUGAUGCAUCAUAUUCGAGUUCAAAUGAAAAUGAUGAUGAUGAUAGCGACAAUAAGUUUAGUACUAUCAAAAGAUCGCCGUAUACUAAGAAUAAUAUAGCGGAGGAGAAUGGGAAAGCGGAGUUGAGCAGACAGAAUACUGUUAUAGAGAAUGUUAAUUAUAAGAAGGAGGCUAAUGGAACUAACACUAGUGAUGAUGUGUCGCCAGAAGGUUUGGAGGAGGAGGGCACGAUAUACGAAGACUUGGAUGACGACCCCGGUCUCACUGCAAGAGCGUUGUAUGACUAUCAAGCAGCGGACGAAUCAGAAAUUACAUUCGACCCCGGCGACAUGAUCACACACAUCGAGCAGAUCGACGCGGGCUGGUGGCAGGGCGUGGGCCCGCAGGGACUGUUCGGGUUGUUCCCCGCCAACUACGUGGAGCUGUUGCCCGCACACCCACGCUAAUCCACCAACUAUGCGGUAUGCGGUCUGUAGCUGUAAUAUCCGCUCCGUGCUUUCUACAUUUACAUUAGUAGGGUGUGGGACCGCAGGGGCUCUUCGUUCUAUUACAUGCUAACUAUGUGGAGCUGCGAAUCAUGAGUGGGAAUCAUUAGUGAGCGAAUUAAAUCAAUCAUCAGUGAGUUGACGAGUGAGUUCAAUUAAAAGACAUAGUUCAUUUAAAUCACACUCGUGAACGACACAUGCCAGCUCCGAGAGUGAAAGUCCCAAAACGGCACGGUAGAGCGGCUAAAUAGGUAUUUUCAGAAGAAAGUGUACCUACCAUGUAUUUUUUCCAAAAUCUAACAAUUUUUACGCUAUUUCUACUCUGAAUCAUGAGGACCGAAAAAUUUUGUCAGUUUUGUGACGCAUUCUCACUUACAUUUUGUCACAGAUUUAAUAUAUACGCUAGAUGAUGCAGAUACCACGAUUUGUAUUAAAACCAAGCGUGCCGACUUUUUCAUACAAAAUUUACGCAUAAUAUAAUUUUAAAAUUACUUAUUACUUUGGGUGCUCGCAAUUUUUGGGCUGUUGCAGUUAAUUAUCAUGCAACGAAGCAUUUUUUAAGUUUUCACGGACGUCCGGCUGCAACAACCGGCGGCGUGGACUGUAAAGAGGUUGACUGUCGAGUCAACCUCGACGCUUGGUCGGGGUUCGGACACGCGAAGUAGAUGCAUUUGCGUCUUCUAUGGUAUAUUUAUUUCUGUGCAUUUUGUAUUGGCUGUCAUAAAACCGACUUAAAUUUUGUACGGAAAACUGAGGACAUUUUUUCUUGUUUUAAAUCAAUAAUCCUAGUGUACUGUCUGUCGACGUCCGCUGUCUGUCUUGAACUGUUCGUCAACUGGUCUUGUGAUUGUCAUGUUUAAUUUUGAAUUUAAAUGUCGGUCGUUCCAAAAUUCCAAAUAUGUAUGUCAGUCAGUCAGUCGGUCUAUGUCAGGUCGCCACGAAGGUUAGAAGCCCCGACGCCUAGUAAUACAAUUGCAGAGUAUCAAGGGCCUGACACUCUUUGAUAGAGAAGGAUAGUCUUAUUGCGAUUCCUAUAAGAAGAAAGAGAAAAUAGUACCAUGCUUUGUCCUUAUCACCGACCGGGUUUUUUUUCAUAGUCGGGUUAUGGCAGCAUAGGUAGGAGGCGAUGGCGACAUACCGAAAUUUAUAAGUGAAAGAGAAAAAGGAUUAUGCUGCCAUACCUGUCAAUACAUGAAUAUGUCUUUCUCUUACCCCUGGUCACUCGGUUUCAUGUCUUUAACUACUAUAAUAUGUCUAUGCAGAGUAUAAAUAGCCACCAAGCUGUAAAAAAAAAACAUGAUACACUUUGUUCUGAAGAGCCCCAAGUAUAUCUUGACACUUCUGGCAUGGGAUCCACCCUGAUUGGCCUGGUAAAAAUAUCCGUAUCCGUAAUAAGGGUGUGUCGAAAUUUUUUUUUGGAAUUAAUACUUUUGCGAUGGGAAGUAUAAACACACACCCUGAAGUUUUGGCGUGCGUUUUGUUAAACAAAAAAAUCUAAUAAAUUGAUUAGUUUUUAGAAAAUUCUGUUUGAGUAAGUACUUAUUAGUCACUGGAUAAUAGUCAUU